CCAUAGGUAGAAAUUUCAAUUGAGAUGGGAGAAGAAGUGAAGGUGUUUGGAACAUUCCCAAGCCCAUACUGUUAUAGGAUUGAAUGGGCACUUAAGCACAAGGGAAUCACAUACGAAUACAUCGAAGAAGAUCUACGUAACAAAAGUCCACUUCUUUUGGAAUACAAUCCUGUUCACAAGAAGGUUCCAGUGCUCUUGCACAAUGGAAAUCCAGUCGUGGAAUCGCUCGUCAUUCUCGAAUACAUCGAUGAAAUAUGGAAGGAGAAUCCAAUAUUGCCCGAAGACCCAUACGAGCGAGCAAUGGCACGGUUUUGGGCGAAGUUCGCCGAUGAGAAGUGUGUGGUUGGCGUACGCACUGCUUUCUACUCACAAGGAAAAGAGCAAGAACAAGCAUUAGAAUCGUUGUUAGAAGUGCUCAAGACCCUCGAUGCAGAGCUUGAAGGGAAGAAAUUCUUCGGAGGAGAGACGAUCGGGUUCGUUGAUUUAGUGGCCGGUUGGAUCCCACAUUGGCUCACUGUGUUAGAGGAAGUGGCGGGCAAGAAGUUACUUGAUGCGUAUCGAUUCCCAUCACUCGAUGCAUGGGGCAAGAAUUUCAUGGAAGUUCCAGUUAUCAAAGAGAAUGUCCCACCUCAUGAUAAGAUGAUGACCACCUUGCUUGGCAAGAGGAAGAACAUGUUUUCAUCAGCCACCAGUAAAUAAGAAGCUUUUCCUUUUAUAUAUAUGUAGUUAAAAUCUA